AUGAUGCGAUCUUCGGUUGUCCAACGAAUGCUCGGUCGAGCAGUAGCCUCGUCACAUGGCAACAUUUCGACUACUACAAGUACUAGUACCAUUUCUGUUGUCCCCACCAUGUCUGUCAUGUCGUCGACGAACCGCCAAUUCCAUUUUGGAUCCACCGACUACUCCAGGACCUUUCGGAACCUGCCCAAACCAGACAUAGAAGCUCUACGAAACAGUUCCACCGAAUACCUACAGUCGUUUGAUCCAAAGCUAUGGUAUGAUGAGCCGAUCACGUCACUCUUGAAUGGCUCCAAACUCCCUGGCACUACUGGUACCAAAGUCGAUACCACCGAUGCCUUUGGCAAUGUCAAUGGGAGUCAGUACCUUGCCACACCCGAACAAGUGGCACAACUCAAACAGCACAUUGCCACCUACACAGCAAAAGCCAACAACAGCAACAACAACAAUACUACUACUAUCACGAAAGAUCUACGACAACCACUGCGCAAAAUUGAACACGCGCUGCUCACGGAACACACGGGAUUUCUCAUUGGCAAUCAAUGCCUCGAUUUUGGAAAACAAGAUGGGAUUACCGAAUUGGAAGAAUCCAUCAUGGCCAAUACAGUCGAACAACGAUUGAAUGAUCUCGUGCUAAGUCAAGAACAGCAAGGCAAAAUCUAUAUCCAAAGACAACCCAUUUAUGUCAGUUGUGUUUCCAACUUUACCAAUUUUCUCGAUUUGUUUCGUAAAACCAUUCGAUCCAUCGAAGUGGGCAUUCCCGCUGUCAUUCUCGGACGAUCCAAUACACAACAACAUGCCUAUCGAUGGACACUAUUACUAGCGGAACUACUCGCACAAGAAGGCGUCGAUCCGGGCAUGUUGACCUUUCUCUCUUGUUCGCUAGACGACAUUAAAGAUAUUACACAAUCCUGUCCCGCGGGGAACCUCUAUGCCACGUGCAGUCGGGCAUUGGCCGCCGAUAUGAUGGCGGGAUAUCCCAAAACGGUGGCAUCCACGGGAGGCCCCAAUACACUUGUCACAACCGAAUGGAACGAGAAAGUGGCGGCAGCCGUACAAAUAUCCGCCUCGAUUGAAUGUGCGGGACAGUGCACGGCGUUGCGACAUGUAGUGGCACCCCCCACUGUGGAUGAUGCCUCCAUAAAGCAAGUCUUUGAUGGCAUUAAAGAAAUUCCCACACCUCAAUUUGCUGUGGAAAAUGCACUGUUUGAUGGCGUCUUUCGGGACCAUCAAGGGAGUGUUGCACCCUCCAAUGAUGACAGUUACACGCAUCACGACAAGGUGGAUGCGUACUUUCGUGUGGGAGACGAACCACCCGUGACGGGGGACGACGAUUUGCCCGAGUAUUGGCGCAAGGUUGUCGUGGAUUUUUCCAAAAUGGACUUGUCGAAACCCAACAUUGACAAACUCGCUGCGUGGCUCAACAAGCAUCAACCCAUUUCGUUGGCGAUCAAUGGUCCCCGUGACCAGGUCUUUGAGUUGGGUGUGCAGCUCUUUGACAAGACGGGGAUGGUGGUCUACACCAUUGGAAGUACCGAUGAUGAAGAGCAUCCUCCAGCAUUGACGUGUCAAGCACGUCCCCAAGAAGCAGAAGUCUUUGGUGAAUUCCCACCGCGGAGCAGGUUGACCGAGUACACACGGUACCCAGUGGUGGUCCCCAGCUCUACGCCAAGCUAUGAUGCGGAGUAUUCCAAGGACUAUCUAACGUCGUUGGCUGUGGAUGAAUUCUUCAACAAAAGCUCCAAGGCGCUUCUGGAGGAUAUCCAAGAUGGUGCCACUCGUGGCUUUUGUGUGGAAGUGAUCAGGUACUUGCAGGAUGCCACCAUGAAGAACCCAAAGAUGGGCUUUGGAACUUCCAGAACUGCUCUUUGGGGAUUGCAACGACCACCCAUUGGAACCAAAACAUGGAUUCGAUGUGGCGUGAACGCAUCUUGGGAUGACCUGGCACCCGUCUACAUGUUGUUCCAUACCACCAAUGCCCAAGAGCAGGUGGAACUCUCGAUUGAUCCUGCCAAUGAUUCUAUUGAGGCUCUUUGCAUCAAACAUGGUCUUGCCUACACGUCAGAAACAGAAGAAUCCUUCUCGAGCAAAGAGUAUCAACCUGGCGAACUCUUCAAUAUUGUUCCUGUUCGUGGCGGCGAAUCUUCGGGAUCCUUUCCCAUGGCAGGACAGUUUGUCAGUCUGUAUUUCCCCUUGGGACACAUCAAGAGCACAAUGCCCAAGGAUCAUGAGUUCUCCACCAAAUUGGAUCAGCUUUCCAACAAAUGGCUGACAACACUGUUUUAG